AUGUCUUUACCGAGAAGCAAGUGCUCUGUCUGGAUGUGUUUAAUGCUUCUGAUACUGGAUUAUUGCUGGGAUGCCGCGUUUGGGCAGCUGUCUUAUUCCGUCUCAGAGGAGGUCAAUUCGGGGACAUUUGUUGGAAAUAUCGCUAAGGAUCUGCAGUUAAACGUACAGGAUUUGGAGUCCCGUAUGUUUAGGAUUGUUGCUGGAUCAAAGAAAAAAUAUUUCGAGGUAAAUACGAAGACGGGUAUCCUCUAUGUCAGUGAGAGAAUCGACAGAGAGGAGCUCUGCGCGAAAGCUGCAAAAUGUACUGUAAAUGUAGAGGCUGUGAUAAAUAACCCUCUAAAGCUGUACCGUAUAGAAGUUAAUAUUCUUGAUGUCAACGAUAAUUUUCCGUAUUUCAUUGCAAAGUCACAGAGUAUAGACAUUGCUGAAAGCACGUUACCUGGGAUAAGAUUUCCCCUACUGCAAGCCUACGAUGCAGAUGUAGGAAGGAAUGGCAUAAACACAUACAAGCUCAGCACUAAUGAACAUUUCUCAUUGGCAACAACCAAAGCGGGAGAGAGUAUUUCUACUGAGUUAGUGUUACAGAAAGCUUUAGACCGAGAAAAGGAGCCUCUGAUCACGCUUACUUUAACAGCGUUAGACGAUGGAAGUCCACCAAAGUCAGGAACGUCAGAUAUUAUAAUUCAUGUUUUAGACAUUAAUGACAACACCCCAGUGUUUGCAAAGUCACUAUACAAAACUCGUGUAUUUGAAAAUGUGCCUAUAGGCACCAGUCUACUGACUUUAAAUGCGACAGAUGCAGACGAGGGAGCAAACAAAGAAAUCAUAUAUACGCUUAGCACAAAGGAGCAGGACCACAUACUGCAGAUUUUCCAAAUCGACCCAAACACAGGUACACUGACGGUUGAAGGAAAGGUGGAUUUUGAAGAACACCCAGCCUUUGAGAUUCGAGCACAGGCCAGUGACAGAGGCCAGCCUCCGAUGUCUGCUCACUGUAAGGUGCUGGUAGAGGUGGUGGACCUCAAUGACAACGCUCCUGAGAUCACUGUGACGUCACUACUGGACACAGUGAAAGAGGACGCCACAGUAGGUACGGCUAUCGCACUUGUUUCUGUGUUGGACAAAGACGGAGGCAAGAAUGGGGAAGUCGAUUGCGCAAUAGACGGCAAGACUCCCUUUAAAUUGGAAACAAAUUAUAAAAACUAUUACACGUUAGUAGUUGAAGGGCCCCUAGACCGAGAGCGCAUCUCUCACUAUAAUGUCAGCAUAAUAGCAACUGAUGGAGGCAGCCCCUCCCUCUCCAGCACCAGUAUUGUUACCAUUCACGUUUCCGAUGUUAAUGAUAACGCACCUCGUUUCUCAUCGCCAGACAUUAACAUUUAUGUGAAGGAAAACAGCCCAGUGGGAGAAGUUCUCAAAACAGUAUCAGCAUUUGAUGCUGACAUGAAUGAAAAUAGCCAAGUGAGUUACAGUUUUUUAGAAAGUAACACUAACUCAGUCCCGCUGUCUACAAUGAUUAACAUCAACUCAGAGACUGGAGAUAUAGUCAGUCUGCAGUCUUUUAACUAUGAGGAGCUGAAAACGUUUCAGUUUAAAGUUCAGGCCACAGACUCUGGUCUUCCUCCGCUCAGCAGCAACGUGACUGUCAACGUUUUCAUCCUGGAUGAGAAUGACAACAGUCCCGCCAUUCUCGCGCCUUAUUCUGAGCACGGCUCCGUUAACAGUGAGACCAUCCCCUAUUCUGCUGAAGCGGGAUACUUUGUGGCAAAGAUCAGGGCUGUAGACGCAGACUCUGGAUACAAUGCGCUGCUUUCUUAUCACCUCUCUGAGCACAAAGGAAACAACCUCUUCCGCAUCGGAACCAGCACCGGGGAGAUCAGGACUAAGAGGAGAAUGAGUGACAAUGACCUGAAAACUCACCCCUUGGUGGUCUCGGUCUCUGAUAACGGAGAACCCUCCCUGUCAGCUACUGUGUCUAUUGAAGUGGUGGUGGUCGAGAGCACAGCUGACAUCCAGACUCAGUUCAGACAUGUGCCCAUAAAGGAGGAGAGCUUCUCUGAUUUAAACCUCUAUCUGCUGAUCGCCAUCGUGUCGGUGUCAGUCAUCUUCCUGCUCAGCCUCAUCACUUUAAUAGCUGUCAAAUGCCACAGGACAGACAGCACCUUCAGCAGGUACAGCGCCCCAAUGAUCACCACCCACCCUGACGGGAGCUGGUCUUACUCUAAAGCUACUCAGCAGUAUGACGUCUGUUUCAGCUCAGACACGCUCAAGAGUGACAUGGUGGUUUUCCCCGCCCCGUUUCCGCCUGUAGAUGCGGAGCUGAUCAGUAUAAACGGAGGAGACACGUUUACAAGAACUCAGACUUUACCCAACAAAGAAAAGUUUCCCUCGAUGUCUGGAAUUAUGCAUUUACCGGGCAGGACGGGCUCUGUGUGGAUAUAUCUCUUGGUCGUGCUGCUGGAUUGUUACUGGGAAGCGGUGUCUGGGCAGCUCUCUUACUCCGUCUCAGAGGAGGUCAAUCUGGGGACUGUUGUCGGAAAUAUCGCUAAAGAUCUCAACAUCAAUGUCCAGGAUUUGGAGUCUCGUAUGUUUCAGAUCGUUUCUGGAUCAAAGAGAAAAUAUUUCGAGGUAAAUCUAAAGACUGGUGUCCUCUACGUUAAUGAGAGAAUAGAUCGAGAGGAACUCUGCGGCGAUGAACCAAAAUGUUCGCUCAGUGUAGAAGCUGUUAUUAAUAAUCCACUGAAACUGUACCGGAUUGAAAUUAUAAUCUUAGAUGUGAAUGAUAAUUCUCCAUCAUUUCUCAGCACUUCACAAGUCAUUAACAUAACCGAGAGCACAGCAGCAGGGGCUAAGUUUCCCCUGCAUGCAGCUCAUGAUGCAGACGUAGGUAAAAAUACUGUCAAUUCGUACAAGCUUAGUCCAAACGAACAUUUCUCCCUGGCCACACAUAGAGGGGAGACUGUAACACCUGAAUUAGUGCUUCAGAAAGUUUUAGACAGAGAAAAACAGUCUGUGAUUCGACUCACACUGACCGCUAUUGAUGGAGGAACUCCUGCUAAGUCAGGCACUAUGAUCAUUACAGUCAAUGUGUUGGACAUUAAUGAUAAUCCUCCUAUAUUCAGUCAAACGUUAUAUAAAGCCAGUGUUUAUGAAAAUGCAAAGAUAGGCACAUCAAUAAUAACGUUAAAUGCGACGGAUUUAGAUGCCGGCCCAAAUGGACAAGUGUUAUAUUCAUUCAGUGAGGUAGGCCGAGGAAAACAAACUGAUCUGUUCGAUAUAGAUGGAAAAAGUGGCACAGUAACAAAUAAAAAGAACAUCGACUUUGAAGAGAAUAAUGCUUUUGAGAUUCGAGUACAAGCCAGUGACGGGGCUUUGUCACCGAUGACCUCACACGCCAAAUUAUUGAUUGAAGUUUUAGACGUCAAUGACAAUGCGCCUGAAAUUUCAGUCACCUCACUGUUAAACACCGUGAGAGAGGACGCGUCCAUUGGCACAGCGAUUGCUCUUGUUUCAGUAUUUGAUAAGGACGGAGGUAAAAAUGGGAUGGUGAACUGUAAGAUUGCGAAUAACGUUCCUUUCAAAUUGGACUCAAAUUAUAAGAAUUACUAUUCGCUGGUGGUGGACGGUCCUCUUGACAGAGAGACCGCGUCUCAAUACAAUAUCAGCAUCACUGCUACUGACGAGGGGAGCCCACCUCUCUCCAGCACGAGCGUUAUUACUGUGCACGUGUCAGAUGUAAAUGAUAACAAACCGAUGUUCACAGAAACUAUAAUCAAUAUCUAUGUGAAAGAAAACAGUCCCGUAGGGGCAGUUAUCAAAACAGUGUCAGCUACCGAUGCUGACAUUGAUCAAAAUGGUCAGGUGAGAUAUUCAUUUUUACAAAGUAACAGUGAUUCAUUACCACUAUCUGCAAUGGUGAACAUCAACUCAGAGACUGGAGAUAUAGUCAGUCUGCAGUCUUUUAACUAUGAGGAGCUAAAAACGUUUCAGUUUAAAGUUCAGGCCACAGACUCUGGUCUUCCUCCGCUCAGCAGCAACGUGACUGUCAACGUUUUCAUCCUGGAUGAGAAUGACAACAGUCCCGCCAUUCUCGCUCCCUAUUCUGAGCACGGCUCCGUUAACAGUGAGACCAUCCCCUAUUCUGCUGAAGCGGGAUACUUUGUGGCAAAGAUCAGGGCUGUAGACGCAGACUCUGGAUACAAUGCGCUGCUCUCUUAUCACCUCUCUGAGCACAAAGGAAACAACCUCUUCCGCAUCGGAACCAGCACCGGGGAGAUCAGGACUAAGAGGAGAAUGAGUGACAAUGACCUGAAAACUCACCCCUUGGUGGUCUCGGUCUCUGAUAACGGAGAACCCUCCCUGUCAGCUACUGUGUCUAUUGAAGUGGUGGUGGUCGAGAGCACAGCUGACAUCCAGACUCAGUUCAGACAUGUGCCCAUAAAGGAGGAGAGCUUCUCUGAUUUAAACCUCUAUCUGCUGAUCGCUAUCGUGUCGGUGUCAGUCAUCUUCCUGCUCAGCCUCAUCACUUUAAUAGCUGUCAAAUGCCACAGGACAGACAGCACCUUCAGCAGGUACAGCGCCCCAAUGAUCACCACCCACCCUGACGGGAGCUGGUCUUACUCUAAAGCUACUCAGCAGUAUGACGUCUGUUUCAGCUCAGACACGCUCAAGAGUGACAUGGUGGUUUUCCCCGCCCCGUUUCCGCCUGUAGAUGCGGAGCUGAUCAGUAUAAACGGGGGAGACACGUUUACCAGAACUCAAACUUUACCUAAUAAAGAAAAGCUUCAUUUCGUGGUUGCAGUAACAUAUUGUUCUUAUUUGCCUCGAUGCUCCUUCUCGAUGUCUGGAAUUAUGCAUUUACCGGGCAGAACGGGCUCUGUGUGGAUAUAUCUCUUGGUCGUGCUGCUGGAUUGUUACUGGGAAGCGGUGUCUGGGCAGCUCUCUUACUCCGUCUCAGAGGAGGUCAGUCUGGGGACUGUUGUCGGAAAUAUCGCUAAAGACCUCAACAUCAAUGUCCAGGAUUUGGAGUCCCGUAUGUUUCAGAUCGUUUCCGGAUCAAAGAGAAAAUAUUUCGAGGUAAAUCUAAAGACUGGUGUCCUCUACGUUAAUGAGAGAAUAGAUCGAGAGGAACUCUGCGGCGAUGAACCAAAAUGUUCGCUCAGUGUAGAAGCUGUUAUUAAUAACCCACUGAAACUGUACCGGAUUGAAAUUAUAAUCUUAGAUGUGAAUGAUAAUUCGCCAUCAUUUCUCAGCAACUCACAGGUCAUUAACAUAACCGAGAGCACAGCAGCAGGGGCUAAGUUUCCCUUACAACGAGCUCAUGACGCAGACGUAGGUAAAAAUACUGUAAAUUCCUACAAGCUUAGUCCAAACGAACAUUUCUCUCUGGCCACACAUAGAGGGGAGACUGUAACACCCGAAUUGGUGCUUCAGAAAGUUUUAGACAGAGAAAAACAGUUUGUGAUUUGUCUCACACUGACCGCUAUUGAUGGAGGAACUCCUGCUAAAUCAGGCACUAUGAUCAUUACAGUCAAUGUGUUGGACAUUAAUGAUAAUGCUCCUGUAUUCAGUCAAACGCUAUAUAAAGCCAGUGUUUAUGAAAAUGUAAAGAUAGGCACAUCAAUAAUAACACUAAACGCUACGGAUUUAGAUGCCGGGGUAAAUGGAGAAAUAUUGUACUCCUUUAGUAAAAUAGAUCAUGUGACCAAAAUUGAUCUGUUUGCUAUUGAUGAAAAAACUGGAACAGUAACAAAUAAAAAGAACGUCGACUUUGAAGAGAAUAAUGCUUUUGAGAUUAGAGUACAAGCCAGUGACGGAGCUUCCUCACCGAUGACCUCACACGCCAAAUUAUUGAUUGAAGUUUUAGACGUCAAUGACAAUGCGCCUGAAAUUUCAGUCACCUCACUGUUAAACACCGUGAGAGAGGACGCGUCCAUUGGCACAGCGAUUGCUCUUGUUUCAGUAUUUGAUAAAGACGGAGGUAAAAAUGGGAUGGUGAACUGUAAGAUUUCGAAUAACGUCCCUUUCAAAUUGGACUCAAAUUAUAAGAAUUACUAUUCGCUGGUGGUGGACGGUCCUCUUGACAGAGAGACCGCGUCUCAAUACAAUAUCAGCAUCACUGCUACUGACGAGGGGAGCCCACCUCUCUCCAGCACGAGCGUUAUUACUGUGCAAGUGUCAGAUGUAAAUGAUAACAAACCGAUGUUCACAGAAACUAUAAUCAAUAUCUAUGUGAAAGAAAACAGUCCAGUAGGGGCAGUUAUCAAAACAGUGACUGCAACUGAUGCUGACAUUGAUCAAAAUGGUCAGGUGAGAUAUUCAUUUUUACAAAGUAACAGUGAUUCAUUACCACUAUCUGCAAUGGUGAACAUCAACUCAGAGACUGGAGAUAUAGUCAGUCUGCAGUCUUUUAACUAUGAGGAGCUAAAAACGUUUCAGUUUAAAGUUCAGGCCACAGACUCUGGUCUUCCUCCGCUCAGCAGCAACGUGACUGUCAACGUUUUCAUCCUGGAUGAGAAUGACAACAGUCCCACCAUUCUCGCUCCCUAUUCUGAGCACGGCUCCGUUAACAGUGAGACCAUCCCCUAUUCUGCUGAAGCGGGAUACUUUGUGGCAAAGAUCAGGGCUGUAGACGCAGACUCUGGAUACAAUGCGCUGCUCUCUUAUCACCUCUCUGAGCACAAAGGAAACAACCUCUUCCGCAUUGGAACCAGCACCGGGGAGAUCAGGACUAAGAGGAGAAUGAGUGACAAUGACCUGAAAACUCACCCCUUGGUGGUCUCGGUCUCUGAUAACGGAGAACCCUCCCUGUCAGCUACUGUGUCUAUUGAAGUGGUGGUGGUCGAGAGCACAGCUGACAUCCAGACUCAGUUCAGACAUGUGCCCAUAAAGGAGGAGAGCUUCUCUGAUUUAAACCUCUAUCUGCUGAUCGCCAUCGUGUCGGUGUCAGUCAUCUUCCUGCUCAGUCUCAUCACUUUAAUAGCUGUCAAAUGCCACAGGACAGACAGCACCUUCAGCAGGUACAGCGCCCCAAUGAUCACCACCCACCCUGACGGGAGCUGGUCUUACUCUAAAGCUACUCAGCAGUAUGACGUCUGUUUCAGCUCAGACACGCUCAAGAGUGACGUGGUGGUUUUCCCCGCCCCGUUUCCACCUGUAGAUGCGGAGCUGAUCAGUAUAAACGGAGGAGACACGUUUACCAGAACUCAGACUUUACCUAAUAAAGAAAAGGUAAGGACAGACGAAAGGUGCAUCGAUAUACGGAUCUAUGCUUUGUUAUCGUCGUAUGGAAUUAUGCAGCUGCCGGGAAGAAAGACCUGUAUUGGGAUAUAUCUAGUGCUUGCUAUUUUGGAGUAUAACGGGGGAGCGGUAUCAGGACAGCUUUCCUAUUCCGUCUCGGAGGAGGUAAACCUGGGGACUUCUGUUGGAAACCUCGCCAAGGAUCUUAAUCUUAAUGUACACGAGUUGGAGUCACGUAUGUUUCAGAUCGUUACCGGAUCAAAGCGAAAGUAUUUCGAUAUAAAUUUGAAGUCAGGGUUUCUCUAUGUCUGUGAAAGAAUAGAUAGAGAAGAGCUCUGUGCGAAAGCUGCGAAAUGUACAAUAAACGUAGAGGCUGUGAUUAACAAUCCACUCAAACUUUACCGUAUUGAGGUUAAUAUUCUCGACGUGAAUGAUAACCCCCCCUCUUUCAGUGCCAAAUCUCAAACUAUCGACAUAGCAGAGAGCGUAUUACCGGGAGCUACAUUCCCUGUGCUGUCGGCUUACGAUGCUGAUGUAGGGAAAAACGGCAUUAACACAUACAAGCUGAAUCCCAGUGAAUAUUUUUCUUUAGCGGUGCACAAAGGAGAGAGUGUGUCAGCCGAGUUAGUUCUUCAGAAAUCAUUAGACCGAGAAAAACAGGCUUUAAUUAAACUCACACUCACCGCUGUAGAUGGAGGAACGCCUCCAAAAUCAGGCACAUCAGAGAUAUUCAUUAAUGUUCUUGAUAUCAACGAUAAUAUUCCGGCCUUUACAAAAACACUGUAUAAAACAAGUAUUACAGAAAAUGCACCACUUGGCACCACAGUAGUGACAGUGUCUGCAACUGACGCCGAUGAGGGAACAAACAAAGACAUUGUGUAUUUACUCAAUUCGAAAGAUCAGGACCACGUCUUGGACAUUUUUGAAAUUGAUCCGGAAACAGGAAUCAUAACAGUUAAAGGGAAAAUCGACUUUGAAACAAACCCUGCCUUUGAAAUCCGCGUGCAGGCUGCGGACAAAGGCCAGCCUCCAUUAACAGCCCAGUGUAAAGUACUGGUGGAGGUGGUAGACCUGAAUGACAAUGCCCCUGACAUCACAGUGACGUCACUGCUCGGCACUGUGAGGGAGGACGCUGAAGUCGGUACCGCCAUUGCACUCGUGUCAGUUCUUGACAGAGAUGGGGGCAAAAAUGGUGAAGUGAAAUGUGAGAUACUGAAUUCGGUUCCCUUUAAAUUAGAGACAAAUUAUAAAAAUUAUUAUUCUUUGGUUAUCGGAGGAGCUCUAGACAGGGAGCUCAUUUCCCAAUACAACAUCACUAUUAAAGCUACGGAUGAAGGUCGGCCCCCUCUCUCCAGUACCAGUGUAGUCAUUGUUCAGGUUUCUGAUGUCAAUGACAACAUACCUCGGUUUUCAGAGACUGUGAUUAAUAUGUAUGUGAAAGAAAACAGCCCAGUUGGCACGGUUCUGCAAGCAGUUUCUGCAACUGAUGCUGACAUUAGUGAAAAUGGUCGAGUUCGCUACUCAUUAGUUAGUGACAAUAACAUCGUGCCGCUGUCUACUGUAAUAAACAUCAACUCAGAGACUGGAGAUCUAGUCAGUCUGCAGGCUUUUAACUACGAGGAGUUAAAAACGUUUCAGUUUAAAGUUCAGGCCACAGACUCUGGUCUUCCUCCGCUCAGCAGCAACGUGACUGUCAACGUGUUUAUCCUGGAUGAGAAUGACAACAGUCCCACCAUUCUCGCGCCCUAUUCUGAGCACGGCUCCGUUAACAGUGAGACCAUCCCCUAUUCUGCUGAAGCGGGAUACUUUGUGGCAAAGAUCAGGGCUGUAGACGCAGAUUCUGGAUACAAUGCGCUGCUGUCUUAUCACCUCUCUGAGCACAAAGGAAACAACCUCUUCCGCAUCGGAACCAGCACCGGGGAGAUCAGGACUAAGAGGAGAAUGAGUGACAAUGACCUGAAAACUCAUCCCUUGGUGGUCUCGGUCUCUGAUAACGGAGAACCCUCCCUGUCAGCUACUGUGUCUAUUGAAGUGGUGGUGGUUGAGAGCACAGCUGACAUCCAGACUCAGUUCAGACAUGUGCCCAUAAAGGAGGAGAGCUUCUCUGGUUUAAACCUCUAUCUGCUGAUCGCCAUCGUGUCGGUGUCAGUCAUCUUCCUGCUCAGCCUCAUCACUUUAAUAGCUGUCAAAUGCCACAGGACAGACAGCACCUUCAGCAGGUACAGCGCCCCAAUGAUCACCACCCACCCUGACGGGAGCUGGUCUUACUCUAAAGCUACUCAGCAGUACGACGUCUGUUUCAGCUCAGACACGCUCAAGAGUGACAUGGUGGUUUUCCCCGCCCCGUUUCCGCCUGUAGAUGCGGAGCUGAUCAGUAUAAACGGAGGAGACACGUUUACCAGAACUCAGACUUUACCUAAUAAGGAAAAGGUAAGUUGCUCUCUCCUCUGGCUGUCCUCUCAUUUAGUACAUUAG